GAAUAGUUUUCGACGUUUUCGAGUGUUCGGCCGUCACGUAUCGCCGCAUCGGUGAACGGAGCGUUAGUGGUAGAUACUACGUCCAGACUUCUGCACGCACACGAGCGCUCUCACAAACACAUUUUCAUAUGCCCAGUUUUGUAACGGACAACCGGUCGUACCAUAGGAAUCCAUAUUGUUAUUUGUUUUGCCGCAGUGCUGCGGUUCGAGAUUGUACGUAGUUACUAGUUUUGGUUUUCUAUCUAUCAAACACGUUUUUUUAAUUGUUGUUUACUUGUUACUUUUUCGGUACUUUAUCAUGGUUAAAAGUAUUGACGACAUUUUUUUUAUCUCUUCAACUUGACUGAUUGAAACUUGUUCCAAUCGCUUUUAUUACUAUUAAAGUAUUUUUCAUUGUAAUUUUUCGGUCUCAAUAUAACGCGCGUCCAAACAAAAUAGAACAGAAUGGAAACACCGACAAAAUCACUGCCAUCACAUCGCGACGUAGAUGGAAAUUACGAUGCUACGACUUCUAGCCCGUUGAAAGCCUUGCCCAGUCCUAGGACACCUGUCAGAGCCACAUUCAAUGAUAGUGAUGACGAUGAAUCAGAUGAAAUGGAAAGCCCAAAGUUUCCGCAUCUUAUCCCAAUUUAUAGGAGAACACCUGAUGAAUAUGAUUUAGGAGGCGUGCGUAUUGGUUGGGAUGAUGGAUAUGGCAGUGUUUGUUAUCAAGAUGAUGAUUAUGUUACUGAAAGGAGGUCAAAAAGGAGUAAAAAAAGUCGAUUAUUCUCUGAACGUCAUCAUCGAUCUUUCUUUAGAUCGAGCCAUUAUAGUUCAUCAAACCCUGAAUCACCUUCUCCAAGAAGUUGUGCAAGUGUAAAUAAUACUGCUAUGCAGGAAGAGCUAAAUAAUUAUCUUGAAUGCAUAUUGAAUUGUCUUAGUGCCAAAAAGAAAAAUCGACAGUUAAUGAAAGCCAAAAUGGAAGCUAGUUCUUCUACRAACAGUUCAUCAGAAAAUAAUAAUGUUGGUUGCUUAUUAGAUGAUUCUGCUGAUGAUGAGAUGAUGAUGCUGUGUAGUCAAGCUAUUGAACAAAAAAUUGCUGCUGAUGCUAAUAAUACUAAUAAUACAGUGAAUGAAAUGAAACCUACAAAACUAAUUGUUACAAAUUCUUUGUCAAUUAAUGGAAUAAGCCCAUUAAAAGAUACCAACAAUACUACAAAUAAUAAUGUAUAUUUCCAUGUUGCCAAAAAGUUCAAACCUGUACACAGCAAACUAUUUGUUGAGGAACAGAAAAGCAAUAAUUGUAAAUCACAAUGUCACACAUUAACUUCAAAUAUGAUAAACAAAUCUGAAAAUGAUAGCCUAUCUUCAGCCAUUACCACUGUUACUAAUUCUAAGACAGAUGAUUUCUCUUCAUCAUUUUUAGAUGACACAUUAGCCAAAGAAGAUGAGUUUUUUUUGGGAAUUGAUUUUUCAGAAAUUGAGCAGCAAAUUAUGAAAGAUGUUAAAGAAACUACUACUGUAUCAGCAACUCAGAGUUGUUAUGAACAGCCUAACACUAAUGUUGGUGUACAAUUCGGAAAAAAACCAGCUUUUAAUAAUUGUGCUUCUACCAGUAGUUCAAAUUCUAGUUCAGUACUUUGGCGUAGAUCUACUUCGACAUCGUCAAUUGUUAACAAGCAGCAACAGUCAAUACAACAACCUAAACAAUUCAGCAAUGUCGUUGAGACCAUAAAUAACUCUAGUGUUGGUGAUUCAAAAGCUACAUCCACAACUACUACUACUAGAUAUUGCACACCUGCUGAAAUAGAAGCAAAACGAGAACGUGCUCGGCGUACACUUUUACUUAAGUUUAAAUCAAAAAAUAGAAGUGUUUCAUAAAUUGAUAUUAGCAUUUGAAAUGUACAUUACUUCCCAUUGAAUAUAUAAUAUCUUUUUGUCUGUGAAUUAAUUUAGAACAGAUAAUGUUAAUUUUUUUUUCUUGUGUUUUUAUAUCAGAUGUAAUAUUAAUUUUUUAUUUAUAUCCUUGUAUGUGUAAAUUGAAAUCAAUUAUUAAACAUGUAUUGUUAUUAAUAUCUGGUUUAUAUAGAUUAAAAAUACUGUAUAGAUAUUGAUUUCUUUCAUUAUUCUCAAACAUUGUACAUACUUGUAACCGCUGAAAAUUUAUAAUUGAAACCCAAAAGAAAAACAAUUGUACAAGUUAAAACCACAUGUUGACAUUAGUUUUAUUUUAAUAUAAUAAGUUUUUAAAGAA